UUAUGUCCCUGUAGGUUUGGUUUGACUACUAAGUCAAAUUUCCGAGAUAUCCAAACAAAGUAUUUACUAUUCAAAGCAUAAAGAGGUUUAUCACAAGCAAAGUCUCAACAUAUAUCGUUGUAUAAACAAGUACAGAGAGAAUGUCCUGGCCAAAUUUGCCUAAAAGAAGCGAGGGAGGUGGGAAGGAGAGGCACGAGAGUUGGAAAGGAAUGAAAAGAAGUUAAGCAUUAGUUUCUUUCUACCUUUUUUUCUCUCUUUCUGUCUCUUUUUACCCCCUUUAGCCAGACUUAACCUGUGGUGGUUUUGGAGAUCCUGACGCCAAUUUUUGUGGCAUCGAAAACCUGACCUUAAUUAUCCAUAUUUCUUAUUCGAGGGGCAUCAUCAGCAACAUUCCUAAAUGCCUUCCAAUGCCACAGCUGAUGACAAUGGUGAUUCACUCUUCAAUGCCACUGCUGUAGCCAUUGACAAAGACAAGAACAGCCAGCAUGCUUUUCGUUGGGCUGUUGAUAAUUUCGCAAGAAAUAACCCGGUUAUUGUCCUAAUUCAUGUCAAGCACAAAAACCAUCAAUAUAAAGUUGCUGAUGGUCAGGCUGAGGAGGUGCAGCGGCUUUUCACUUCCUCCCGUGGAUAUUGUGCCCGUAAAGGGGUUCGUUUAAAGGAGGUAGCACUAGAUCACAUUGAUGUUGCCCAGGCGGUCGCGGACUACAUCAACAGCAGUUUAAUUGGAAAUAUUGUUUUGGGAGCAUCAGGAAGAAAUGUUCUUACAAGGAAAUUCAAAAACCAAGAUGUGCCAACUAGCUUAAUGAAAAUUGCCCCGGAUUUUUGUUCUGUUUAUGUAAUCAAUAAAGGAAAGAUCCUCUCUUCCAAAAAAGCACAACGAAGGCCUCCUAGUGCACCACAAAAGACACCAUCUAUGCCAGCAGUUACAUCUCGAAGUCAGCAGGAUAAUGCUGAACUAGAUUCAGGUGGAGUUAGAGCACAGACACGGAAGAGAGAGUGUAGAAGUACAGAACCAGGUGGAUUUUCUUCAGACAAGGUCCAUGAUCUCAUUAGAGAACCACAACAUGAGAGAGGAAGAAAGUCCAUUCCUAAUUUCUCAAUGGAAAGCACUGACCCUCCCUUCUCUGCCUCUGAUGCAUCUCAAAAUACAGGGACAUUCGCGUUGGCAAUCAUGGACAGCUCGGCCCAAGGUUUAGAUAUUUCUGUUGCUUCAGCCUCCUCUCUGAACGAGUCAAACGCAGACUUCUUAGAAGCUGAGAUGAGAAGACUGAGGCUUGAGCUGAAUCAGACCAUGGCAAUGUACAGCACAGCUUGCAAAGAAGCACUUUCAGCCAAAAAAAAGGCUACUGAACUUAAUCAAUGGAAGGUUGACGAGGUUCGGAAGUUUGAGGAAACCAAGCUCGCAGGAGAGGCAGCUCUUGCCAUGGCAGAGCUGGAGAAGGCCAAGUGCAGAGUUGCCAUUGAAACAGCUGAGAAAUCACAGAAACUAGCAGAGAUGGAAGCUCGGAAAAGAAAACAGGCGGAGAUGAAAGCUGAGCGAGAGACAGGGGAGAAGAAUCGUGCUUUGAAUGCUUUGGCACACAAUGAUGUGCGGUACAGAAGAUACACUAUUGAAGAGAUUGAAGAAGCCACGAAUAAAUUCUCACCAUCAAAUAAAAUCGGUGAAGGAGGAUAUGGACCUGUGUAUAAAGGCAAACUUGAUCAUACCCCGGUUGCCAUUAAGGCUUUAAGACCUGGUGCUGCUCAAGGGAAGAAGCAGUUCCAACAGGAGGUUGAGGUUCUCAGCACCAUUAGACACCCACACAUGGUCCUUCUUCUUGGUGCCUGCCCUGAGUAUGGAGUCUUGAUAUAUGAAUGCAUGGACAACGGAAGCUUGGAAGACAGGCUGCUUCAAAAAGACAACACCCCUCCAAUUCCAUGGAGCACACGAUUCAAAAUAGCUGCUGAGAUUGCCACAGCCCUUCUGUUCCUCCACCAAACAAAGCCAGAGCCCCUUGUCCACCGGGACCUUAAGCCAGCAAAUAUUCUUUUAGACCGUAACUAUGUGAGCAAAAUUAGUGAUGUUGGCCUUGCUCGUUUAGUCCCUCCUUCUAUAGCUGAUAGUGUCACACGAUACCACAUGACCUCAGCUGCAGGUACAUUUUGUUAUAUAGAUCCCGAGUAUCAACAAACAGGAUUGUUAACUACAAGAUCAGACAUUUACUCAAUGGGAAUAAUGUUACUCCAAAUCAUCACGGCCAAGCCUCCGAUGGGUCUUGCUCAUCAGGUGGGGAGGGCAAUCGAAAGAGGAGGAUUUUCAGACAUGCUUGACCAAACAGUAUCGGACUGGCCUGUGGAAGAGGCGUUAAGAUUUGCUAUACUGGCAUUGAAGUGUGCUGAACUAAGGAAGAGAGACAGGCCAAGUCUUUCCACAGUUAUAGUGCCAGAACUUAACCGGUUGAGAGACUUCGGAAUGAACUCAGAACAGCAGCAGAGCCGUGGAGUAAGCAGCAGAGGUCGUAGUUGCAGUCCUCUUCCGCAUCCUACGUCAACUUCACCGGCAAGGAUGUCAAAUGCAACUCAGAUUGGUCAAUAUUGAGUAAUCAUAGAGGCACCAAUAUUCAACUUGUUUAAACUUUAAACUCGGUUGUUUGUUAUUAAGGUGCUGGGAUGGAUGAUAUAUAGCUGCAAAAUUUGUAGGAAUCAGGAGGACAAAAUAAGGGACCUUUUGAUGCUAAACAAAACUACAGGUCAUGACACUAGAGAAGUUGAAUUUGAUCACCCCAAAAUUACCUAAUCAACUACAAGGAUUCUUUUCACCGUUCAUUUUCCAUAUUGGGCCAUAGCAUGCGUUGGUUUCUGAAUGCAUCUAUUUUCUAAUGUGCUGUUUGGAUGCUAAUUAACCAGGAGAAAGCACGUACGUCCUGUAGAGGGAGAACUGAACAAGGUUCUAAUCAGGGAGAGGCCGACGGCCAAGAAAGUUAAGGCCCAACCUACAUGAACCAGCACCAGAAAGCUGCUUGCUGAUAGAAAAGAACGAAGUGUUCAUAAACCAAAGAGACAUGGAAAUUCAAGGAUGUUUGUAAUGUGAGUUCUGAUAUUUUUGUAAGAAAACAAGAUGAAACAAAGAGCCAUCUAUCAGAAAUGAUGGGAAACAAGAACCGUGAAUCUUCACUCUCUUGCGAAUGUGCCUUCUGUAUUCCAUUACUUUUGUUCUUCCAGCACAAUAGACAGUUAUUUUGUUUAUCUUCUAAUACUAGGCGGAGGUUGAAAGUACCUUUGAGACAGUGAAUAGAGAAACAAAAAGGCUAAAAGGUCAAAGGAAAUUUUAUCUUUACUCUAA